CAUAACGCUGACUGGUACCAAUGCGCUAGUAUUAUUUCGGAGUGGUGUACAGAGGCAGGGUUCAGGCCCUCCCUUCAGGCUCGCUUUAGUCUAUGACUGCCCCUCGCAAUAGGCUCCUGGCCCAAGUAUCCACCUGGUGCCGCACAAAGCUUGCCGGUCACUCCAACUAUAGCGGUGCUUCCGUCUCAGCAGCAUCCUGCGCAACCAGCAUCUCGCAUCUCAAGGCGUUUAGCGACGCCGCGGCGGCUAGGUCAACGCUGAGAGCGGUCACCGCGCAAAGUUUAAGUGCCCACCGAUCCACAGCUGGCAUGCCGCUACAAGGCCGGCUGCUCGGCGCCAGCGGUCCGCCCGCAGCGCACCCGUCCCCGGCCUCCUCUCUGCGCACUCGCAACCGGGCGUUUUGCUCCGCUGCUCCCGCCGCCGGCGCGGGCUGGCCUCUGCACUCGCCAUCUCACAAUGAACGUGGCCAGCCUCUCGCACAGCUGCCGCACGGCGCUGCCGCCCCAGCGGGGCGUGACUGGGCACCGCAGCCGUUGAGCGUUACCGGGGGUUCCAGUGGAGUUAGCGCAGGUGCCGUUGGUGCAGCCUCGAGCAGCAGCAGCGGCGGCGCCGCGGCGGCGGUGGGCGGCUGGCAGGCGGCGCCGUCGUUGGUGCCUCGUGUGACCACCGAUGACAUGCUGCUGUCCUCUGACGGCGCGGCCGCAGCCGCCAGCACCUCGUCUGCUGGGGGUGCCGGCGCCGCCGCAGCAGCAGCGCCGUCUAGGCGCGGCCGGCGCGGCACCGCCGCCGCAGCGUCCGGGCCAGGCGCCGCCGCCGCAGGCGGCGGCGACGGCGGCUCGUCCGCCGCCGAGGACGUUGCGGAGCCGGUGGUUGUGCACAUGUCCGCAGCCGCCACGGCGACGGCGGCCGCGGGCACGAUGCCGGCGCCGCGCCACACGGGCGUGUUCCAGCCGUCGCGCAGCUACUCGCAGCACAUCAAGAGCGACGGGGAGCUGCUGGCGGCGCUGGCGGAGGCGCCGCUGGCAUACGCUGAGGGCAUGGGCAGUGUGCUGGAUAGCAUCAUCAAGAUCUACACCGUACACAGCCGGCCCAACUACACGCUGCCCUGGCAGAACCACCCCAAGCGCGAGUCCACGGGCACUGGCUUCGUGGUGCACGACCGGCUGAUCCUGACCAACGCGCACGUGGUGGCGGACGCCACCUACGUGCUGGUCAAGCGCCACGGCAGCGGCACCAAGUACCGGGCGGACGUCCAGGCUGUGGGCCACGACUGCGACCUGGCGCUGCUGUCCGUCACCGACGAGGCGUUCUGGAGCACCCCCACCUCCAUGCUACCGCUGGAGCUGGGCGAGGUGCCCGAGCUGCAACAGGGUGUGGUUGUGGUGGGCUACCCCACUGGCGGCGACAACACCUCCGUCACCAGCGGCGUGGUGAGCCGCGUGGAGGUGGCGCAGUACGCCCACGCCGCGUCGCACCUCAUGGCGUGCCAGAUUGAUGCCGCCAUCAACCCAGGCAACAGCGGCGGCCCAGCGCUGCAGGGCGACCAGGUGGUGGGCGUGGCGUUCCAGAACCUGCCGGGGGCGGAGAACAUCGGCUACAUCAUCCCCACACCCGUGGUACGGCACUUCCUGUCCGAGGUGCGGAAGUACGGCAGCUACCAGGGCUACUGCAGCCUGGGCGUGCUGUGUCAGAACCUGGAGAACCCGCACCUGCGCUCCGCACUGGGCAUGGGCGAGGGCAUGACGGGCGUGCUGGUCAACACCAUCCAGAAGACCUCCAACGCGGCCAAGGUGCUCAAGCCCGGUGACGUCUUGCUGGAGUUUGAUGGCGUCCGGAUUGCCAACGACGGCACAGUGCACCUGCGGCAGCGCGAGCGCAUCUACUUCUCCUACCUCAUCACCCUCAAGCCCACAGCCGGCACUGCCAAACUCAAGGUGCUGCGCGAUGGCCAGCAGCUGGUGUUUGACAUGCCGGUCACGCCCAACGACCUGCUGGUGCCCGUGCACUGCUACGACCGACUGCCCUCCUACUUCAUGUACGCGGGCCUGGUGUUCGUGCCGCUGACUCAGCCCUACCUGCACGAGUACGGCGAGGACUGGAUGAACACGGCGCCGCGGCGGCUGUACGACAAGGCCAUGCACGGCAUGAUGCAGAAGCCGCGGCAGCAGAUCGUCAUCCUCAGCCAGGUCCUGGUGGACGACGUGAACACCGGCUACCAGCAGUUCCAGACGCUGCAGGUCCUGCGUGUGAACGGCACCGAGGUGCUCCACCUGGCUCACCUCAAGGAGCUGGUGGAGGGCGCGGCGGACCGCUUCGUGCGCUUCGAGCUGGAGGACGAGCGGGUCAUGGUGGUGGAGAGGUCUCUGGCCGUGGAUGCCAACGCGCGCAUCAUGGAGCGCUACCGCGUGCCCUCCAGCGUGUCAGCCGACAUCGGAGCCAACGCCGCCGGGGCCGCCGCGAGCGGCGCCAGCAGCGGCAGCACCAACGGCGGCGCCAGCGGCGAGCUGGCAGCGGCCGCGCAGCAAUGAGCGGCGGAAGCAAGGCGGUGAUAUGUGUUUGUUGUGGCACAUGAAACAUUUGUGAACGAGGUAGUGAGGUCCGCUGCUGUUACAAGUAGCCGUGUAGAUCCUGUGCAAUGCUAGUGCAGCAGCAGGGACCGGGGAAGAGGAAGGGGCGCGCGGGCGCCGCAUUUCGUCGUUUCAUUGCUUUGGCAGGCGGAGCUGUCGCGGCUAUGUCAAGCGUGGAUCCAGGGAAGAUAAGGAUUGCGGAAUCGCUGAGUACUGAGCGUCUGUGAAGCACGCAGCAGCCUGCCCUGCACUUGGCAAGUGCUAGACUGCUGUGCGCUGCUGGCCAGAGAAGACUUGGCCCCUGUAACACUUGGGUACC